CCACCACCACGUCCGGUGGACUCGUUCGUUCUGCUUUGUAUGUGUGUGUGUGCGUGCGUGCGCUGGUGGGUUACCCAAGUUGCCUAAAACUGUGGCAUGUUAUCUGGUCGGUGGGCUAGGGUGUCUGUGGAGAUUAUGUGUCACGUCAAUGGGAAACUUUCUGUUGUGUCCUGUCAGUGUUGAAGAACCUUUGUGUGGACGCCUCUGAAGCUACAGUGGCGUCUUCGGGGACCCCACGGGAGAUAAACAGCUCUGCACCUCUCGAGACGUUUGAGAGCCCGUGCUUGGAGCGUUUCUUCAACUUCGGAGACAUCCAAUCAUUGAGUUGAGAUUUUUUGUCACCUCUGGGCACAGUAGCUCAUCACCUCUCCGGCGCUCCGGCGAAAUUUGCUCCCACUUUGAUAGACAAACCGCUGCUGACAUGGGGAAUCACGAGUGUGGGUUUCAAAGGAACCUGCGAAGGAAAGGAUAUUCGACGGAUAUGGAGGAAUAAAAGGAGAGAGGAGAGAAAAAAAAGUUUGAACAGAGCGGAUUAAACGUGCAUGUGUAAAAAGCCGCAAAGACAGUGAAUAAAGAGUAAAAUAAAACCCCUCUUCGGCUGAUUGUAGAGGGUAUGUAGAUCUAGACAAAAAGGUACAUCUGAAGCUAUGGUGAGAAUAUGUGAAUGCAGGUGAAUCAGGAGUUGUUGUUUUUUUAACUGAAAAGUAAAACAAGAUCAGGAGACACUCUCUUUCGGUUCAAACAGAAAAUCUAAUAAUUGCACAAAGAGAAAAAAAAGUGAAAGAGAUGACUUUUAAAAAACACUAAUCUACAAUGAUGCCGUAUGAGAUAUUUGAAUGAUUACCUCAUCAAACAGUACGGAUCUAUGGAUUAUUGUUUUACAAAUGUGUUAAAGCUUGUAUUAAGCAGCUGAAAAACAACCACACACGCUUUUAAAACUUGGAGUGUAAAAGUUGCUUAAGUAAGCUUUAAGUAAAAAUCAGGGUUGCUUUUUGUUUGUUGUAGGAGGAGGUAUGGAAGGACUACAGGCGCCUGGCAUGAACAUAAGAUGAUUAGUUCAGAGCCACCAGCGCACAGAUGACAAAAGUCUCAUCUAGACAAAUCAACUGUAACUGGCUUACAACCUUCGAAAUUUCCCCCGUUGCUCGUACUGGCUGCAGUUGGAAUCACAUGACCGACUUAUCAACCAAUGACUUGCCGUCGCUCUCUCACAUGACACAGACGCUGCUGUCGUCAUGCGCAGGGUGUGCCGUCUUCCUUAUGACGUCACGGAAUUUGUGUUGAUGAUUCUCAUGGCUGGCGUCACCUGGAGCUCGGCCCGGGGAACGGAUAUGACGUUACCAGAUGACUUCACCUACGACAUGAGCACGUCCGACUUCGUCACCAGCAGUUUCCCGCCCCCUAUGCAGGCUGACCAGGCGCCAGAGGCGUGCUGUAAGGGCGUGCUGGGAUACGCCUCGGACAACGAGUCCGCCAACUUCCCGUGUCAAGGUCGUCCAUGUUGCAACAGCAGCGAGACAGUGGCCGUGGUGUCGAUUGACCACGCCCUCGGCUUCCGCUUCCAGUGCAUGGCUACAUCGGGUAUACAACCCUUGUGCUACGAGGCGGGAGCGGAGGUUCGGACGUCCAAUCACGAUCCAGACUUUAUACCACGUGCCUGUUGUCCCGGGUCAGAGUUCAAAGUGCUGAUCAACCAAUGGUUCGCUGCCACUGUCGUAAAAUGCGUGAAGAAGGAAAAGGAGAAAAGUUGAUACCGGCUGUGUGUGUUGUGAGCGUGAUUCUGUCUGAGGGAGAUAUUUGCCUGUCGUGAGUGUGGGAGAGAGCACGACCCGGCCUUGGGGGCAGGCGGUGCCUCAGUCCGGGGAAAAAAUAAUGUCUUCACACCAUAUCAUUGUUAUCUUUUCCGGACUCUCUGAGAGGUGAUCCAAGAGAGAAUCUGGUGCUGAAACAGCGGGUUUGACAGGAGGCUGUCUAGAGCACGAUCCGCGCCUCACAUAACUGAAGGUUCUCAUACACAAUGGAAAGCUUCAUUAGGUCGUGUUCACAUACAGUGUAUAAAGGGUUCCAUGGCAAAACACACUUUAUCCAUUUACUUCAAAACUGAGAAAAUGGAGACAAAAAAAUCAACCUACAGUAUCUAAAAACAAAAACAUGAACGAAACAUUGAUUUAUUAUUACAAAUAUCGAGGGAAGCAGUGUAUUUUGAGAAAUGAAGAUAAUUCUCAGGACAAAUAAAUUAUUAUCGCAUAACAUUAUUGAGUGUUUAGGGUUUUUUUUUCUCCAGAAGUUCCCUGGCUUCGUGUAGGCCUUUUGUGCGUUUUGUAAUGAAACCUUCUAUAUUCACUGCAUUGAGUAAGUCAUUUCAGUUACUAGACCUCCUUCUGAGCUUUUGUACGACCCCUUUCUGUCCUGAACAAACGAACAAACAAUUGGAUAUCAAGCCCACUAGGCCAGGUAUUUGCACCACUGACGUUCACUAGCCGUCAUGGAGUUAUCUUUCUUCAUUUUCCCUCUUCUCGUUUUUGUUUCUCAACAAAAAGGCCGCUCCCUGGGGACGUUUCCCCUGAUUUCAGCUUUCGACAUACAAAGAAUGACGUUGAGGAUUCUACUGUAGAGGUAGCCUAACCGAGCGGCCAUGACUUUGUAGCUUUUAGAGUGGACACAAACUAGGACUCUUAGUGGAGAACAUAUUAUAUCUUUCCAAGAUAUAUCGAGUAUUUCCUGAAGGCUGCGCUUGUGAAAAGUGGACAAUGUCAUGGUCUUGGCUGUGUUGUGAAAAACCUUAUCGUUUGGAUGAUUCUUUUAAUAUAUUCUGUGGUGUGACACCGCCACACAGACACAAUGACAAGCUCAUGAAAGAGAAGGAAUUUGGAGCAGCGUCAACACUAUGGAGAACCAAUGCUCGUAGAGCUUUUUUUUUCCUUCUAUUUUGUCCUGGUGCCCAAAGGAUUCACUGACCACAAGUUGGCUUUCGAGCUCGCUGUGUGUACUGUGUGCGGUACUUAAACUCAAUUUGAUUCUUCAAUGAAGAGCUUGCUUGAUUAAGUGACUCAUAGUUAAGGAAUUUACUUUCAAUGGACACUAAAUUCACUCUUGAAAGUGAGAGUUUUGGUGAUCCCGAUGAUUAUAAUUCCAUCUGUGUGCCUUUGAAGUCCAGAUGAAAAUCCAACAUCUUCGUCCAGAAUAAGAAGACGGGAUGCACGUUUGAAUGGAAGAAAGAGGAAUUUUUUUCUUUAAAAGUGCUAAAGAGACAAAAAAGAAAAGUCGGGGAAGUGGGGGUGGGGAUGGGGAGGAGUUUGUAUGAAAGGGAAGAAGGGGUUGGGCGAGAGAGACAAAAAGAAAAGAUGAGAGUAAAGAGACUGAGGCAGAGAGAGAGAGAGAGAGA